AUAUAAUUCUAUGGAUUUGGAUUAAUAGGUACGACAUAAUGAAAUUAAAUGUUAAACUAUGUUUUAUUAAGUUUACUCUGUUCUCUGUCUGCUACGCAAGUGAAUCUUUAUUCCCUGAAGGACAUCUUAAACCUUUUGGCUUCCACCGACUCCCCACUGUCCUCUUGGACGAAUUUACGCUCGAAAAUGCUCCUAAACCGGCAGAGUUUUACGAAAAUUACUUCAAAGCGAUGAAGCCUGCAAUUUUUCGUGGCGGUUUAGUGAAUACUGAUGUAUUUAAGCACUGGACAAACGAUUAUCUGAAGGAACAUUACGGAGAAUUAGAAAUGAGAGUUUUAAGAUUGGAUGAAAAAAAGCAUGAUGGUAUGUUAGCACCGUUGGGGGAGAAAUAUUAUGGCCGGGAUACGAUACGACAUUUUGUAGAUCACUUCCAAAGCGAGGAAUCCAACAGUUACAUGGUGUCUGAGCUACCAGCUCAAAUGUACAAAGAAUUUCCUGUCCUGCCUUCGAUUGGGGCGUGCGGAGAAUUCACGAGAAACUUUAUUGAAAUUAACAUUUGGUGGAAUAAAGGUGGAAGCUCAAGCUUGUUUCACGAGGAUUCGUACAACCAACUCAACUGUCAACUAAUUGGUAGCAAGCAAUGGAAGCUAGCAGAGCCACAAUACACGAAGUGGGUGUAUGAGCAAGAGGAAAACGGUAAGGACGCCGACGGUGGAGCUUCUUUGUUCGAUCCAAUGGCUGUGGAUUUGAUUAAAUAUCCGGAUAUUGUGAAAGUUCCAUGGACAAAUGUGACCCUGCACGCUGGGGAUUGUAUAUUUUUUCCAAAGAGGUAUUAUCAUCAAGUAAACUCGUUGGGCAAUAACAGUUUAUCAGUUGUUAUUCAAUUCGGUGUUGAUACCGACAAAGAGAAUAGUGUGGACCAGAGUUUUAAAGAUAAUACUAUAGACGUUUCAGACUGUCUUGAAAGUACGGAUUACAAGACACCAAGACUGCUUAGCGAAUUCGAUGUAAUGUGGAAAUGGUAUGGGGAAGGGUAUAUGAACUUUGGGCAUAUAAAUCUCGAACAUGCCAGAGUAAACUUACUGGGUGAAUUGAACAAAUGUGAUGGGAAGUGCAAUUUUGAGGAGUUUCAAACGAUUUGUGAACAUCGUGCGAAUUGGUGGUGCAACUCUACUCGUGUGUUUAACUCGUUGGACACAAAUAAAGACGGAUUGAUUACAACGGACGAAGGUAAUACAGCAACCUGGGAUCAACUGCGAAUCUUCAUACACGAAACUGCUAAUUUCGAAUCUAUUAACUCAAUUUUACUUGAGGCGACGCUGAUACCUCGAACAAAUGUGGAACAUAUACUCCACAGGGCACUUGGCAAAGUAAAGAACUUAAAAAGAGAAACCUGGAUAAACGUGUACCGGGGAGUUUUAAAGGGAACUCCUUUUAUGGGAGACAGAAUCUUCACGCGUCUUGUGGGUUCGAGUGAGAUUAAUGAAGUCAGAAGCGAAAGCGUUACGGAUGAAAAUAUCAAAACAGCGCUGGAAGAUUGGUAUAAUGUAGAGCAGGGCAUGGCUGAGGAACCAUUUGAAUACAGCCAUGAUGACGUGAAGCAUGAUGACGUAAAACAUGAUGACGUGAAACAAGAUGACGUGAAAUAUGAUGACGUAAAAUAUAAUGACGUAAUUGAACGCAAUGAACUGUAGUCAAUUUCUGCUGAAUUAGCUACAAAUUUGUUUUAAUGAACAUUAGGUAUAUUUAAUGCAGUUUUUGUAUUCAACACAAAGAAUAUGUUUCUGUAUACGGAGAGUUUCUUUAAUACAUAAUAAUGGUAUACAGAAUAAAAUGGCCGGUUGGUACAGUUGUA